GACGUAGGCACUAACAAUGGGGCAUUUGAUCACUUUAGCGACCUCCCUCAAUCAAUGGGCGCUAGACUUCGAGGGCAACCUCGAGCGCAUCUUGACUAGUAUCCGGAUCGCGAAGGAGCGCGGUGCGACUAUGCGCGUUGGGCCCGAGCUUGAGAUUCCAGGAUACGGAUGCUACGAUCACUUCCUCGAGGGCGACACUGAACUCCACUCUUGGGAAGCGCUUCAGAAGAUCCUCUCCUCCGACGCUACGGUUGGGAUCGUGUGCGACAUCGGCAUGCCGGUGACGCACAAGUCUGUCACCUAUAACUGCCGCAUCGUCUGCUACGACAAGAAGAUCCUCCUCAUUCGUCCCAAGAUGUGGCUCGCAAACGACGGUAACUAUCGCGAGCUGCGGUACUUUACGCCCUGGCAGAAGCACCGCCAGACGGACGACCACUACCUGCCUCGUAUUAUCCAGGAUGUUACUGGACAGAUCAAAGUGCCCUUCGGCGACGCCGUCAUUAGCACGCUGGACACCUGCAUCGGUGUCGAGCUAUGCGAGGAACUCUUUACCCCGGCGAGCCCUCACAUUCUCAUGGGUCUUGACGGUGUCGAGAUCUUCACCAACUCAAGCGGCAGCCAUCACGAACUUCGCAAGCUCUACCGCCGCGUCGAGCUCAUCAAGGAGGCCACGCUCAAGACCGGCGGCAUAUACCUCUACGCAAACCAACAAGGCUGCGACGGCGACCGCCUCUACUACGACGGCUGCCCGCUCAUCGCCGUGAACGGCGAGAUCGUCGCCCAGGGCACGCAGUUCUCGCUCGACGACGUGCAGGUCGUGAGCGCCACGAUCGAUGUCGAGGACGUGCGCGCGCACCGGCAUGGGAAGAUGAGCUGGGGGAUGCAGGCGUCCGGCGCGGAGCGGUAUCAGCGGAUCGAGGUCAACUUUGCAUUGAGUGGAGAUGAUUUGAGUAUCUUGCAGUCGACGAAAAUUCCGAUCAGGUAUCAUAAGCCUGAGGAGGAGAUUGCGUUGGGUCCGGCAUGUUGGCUAUGGGACUACUUGCGCCGUUCGCGCGCGCAGGGCUUCUUCCUCCCUCUCAGUGGCGGCAUCGACAGCUGUGCCACCGCGGUCAUCGUCUACUCUAUGUGCAGACUCGUCGUCGAGAAAGCCAAGGAAGGCGACCCCCAAGUCAUCGCCGACGCCCGGCGCAUCUCCGGCGAGCCCGAGUCCUCCACCUACAUCCCUACCUCCCCGCACGAGUUCGCCAACCGCGUCUUCCACACCUGCUACAUGGGCACCGAGAACUCGAGCCAGGAGACGCGCGAGCGGGCGAAGCACUUAGGCGAGGCGCUCGGGAGUUAUCAUCUGGAUCUGAAUAUGGACACACUGGUCACUGCGGUGCGGACGUUAUUUGGGUUUGUGACGGGGAGGAAGCCGCAGUUUCGGGCGCAUGGGGGGUCGGAGGCGGAGAAUCUGGCCCUGCAGAAUAUUCAGGCCCGCUUGAGAAUGGUGUUGGCGUAUCUGUUUGCACAGCUGUUGCCUUGGGUUCGCGGCCGACAGGGUGGGCUGCUGGUGCUUGGUAGUGCCAACGUUGAUGAAGCCUUGCGAGGAUACCUCACAAAGUACGACUGCUCGUCAGCCGACAUCAACCCCAUUGGCGGUGUCAGCAAGACGGACCUGAAGAAGUUCAUCGCUUUCGCACAGGAGAAAUUCGAUUUGCCGAUUCUGGAGAGCUUCCUCACCGCCGUUCCCACCGCCGAGCUUGAGCCCAUAACGGAGACCUACGUGCAGUCGGACGAGGCGGACAUGGGCAUGACCUACGAGGAGCUUUCCGUCUUUGGCAGGUUGCGCAAGGUCGAGAAGUGUGGGCCGUACGCCAUGUUCACGAAGCUGCUGCACGAGUGGGGGGAUAGGCUGUCGCCGGGGCAGAUCGCUGCGAAGGUCAAGCUGUUCUUCUUCGAGUAUGCGCGGAAUAGGCACAAGAUGACGACCAUCACGCCCGCGUACCACGCCGAGUCAUACAGUCCGGACGAUAAUCGCUUCGACCUUCGCCCCUUCCUCUAUCCAUCGCGCUUCCCUUGGCAGUUCAAGAAGAUUGAUGAUGUGGCGGCGACGCUACCGGAUCGGUCGAGCAAGGUCGAAGAGGUACAGAAGGACAAGUAGGAUGCGAUUGCAAUGAAUAUAUAGAAGCUGUAGAAUGUACUGUAGAAACACUGCGAAAAGCACCCGUAUAAAUUACCUGAAACUGAACCAGGAAAGGUUGC